CUUCCUUUGAUUUUUCCCUUCGUAGUAAACGGAAUGUGGGGCUCAUGGUCCUCUUGGAGCGCUUGCAACAAGACGUGCGGUCAGGGUACGAGGGAGAGGAAACGGUUGUGUGAUAACCCGAAGCCAGAUUUCAGCGGCAACAAGUGCUUAGGUUCUGACAUUCAGAAGGACAAUUGUAGCGCCCUUUUGAGUUGCCCAACACCAAGUGAGUGUGUUUGUAAAUUACCCUUUAGACCCCUUAGAUUAAGACGAUUAACGUCAGUCCUGCCCUUCCCGCGAGGCCGAAUUCACGUGUAGAAUUGAAUGAAUUCUAAAAGUCUAGAGGUCUACAAAAAUCAUGAAAUAAAUCCUCUCAAAUAUGAAAUGUGCCUUUAAAUAGUGACUUAUUGCGUAUCAAUCUACAUAAAACAAACACAACACAACCUAAAGAACCUUCUCGAGCCGGUUUAAAAGUUAUCAGGCUCCCUCCUAAUUGUUUAAGUAAACAUACAGCUGUAAGUAUAAUGUAUUUGCCUUCUAAUAAUAAAUAAUCGUCCCAAAAUCAUUGAUUGCUCAGCUUAGAGUGUGGCUGAAAUUGAAAGGCAAAUAUUUCAGUAGUUCAUGGCCUCUGCAUGGCUCAUGUGAUAAACCUAAUGACAUAUUUAUGUUUCCUGAUUUCUAGGUCCUCAACCACUCUGUUUAAAUCACAAGAAGUACAUAUGCUUCAUCUACAAAAACUGUGGCAAAAAAUUUCGUUAUUGCACCUGUAUUGAUUCAUAUUAUGCUGAACAACGCGGCGAAACAUGUAAGUAAGAUCAAAAUCAGAAAUGGAGGAUCAAUAAAAACAGGGUGAAGGUGUGAGGUUACACUGCAAAAGCUAACGGCUAAUAAUAAUAAUAAUAAUGAUAAUAAUAAUAAUAAUAAUGAUGAUGAUAAUAAUAAUAACAAAAAAAUAAUAAUAACAGCAACGACAACGACUAAUAACAGUAAAAAAAAAAAAAAAAAAAAAAAAAAACGUGAAUGCAUUGGAACCCGUUUUAUAAAACUGAAAACGGAGAACGCCAAACUUUUAUAUAGCAGUAAAUUCAUUUACCGCUUUCCACUCAUCUUAACGUGUACCUUGUAGAUGACAAAAGAAUGAGCUAAAAUACAUUUAGUCUUGAUCUAAAACUACAUGCACAUGCAACCUACAACCAGCGGUAAGUGAAUUAGAUCUCAAAUAAAUCAUUUGACACUAGACGAAACAAAAUGAAUUUGUACAAAUUUGCUCGUUGCAAAUAUGUCGCAAAUAUAAUAAUAAUAAUAAUAAUAAUGAUAAUAAUAAUAAUAAUGAUAAUAUUAAUGAUGUAAACAACAACAACAACAAAACUAAAGAGUAAAUCUUGGACAAACCUGGCACAUUUUACAUUUGCUUGCCUUUAUUGACAUCCCGUGUUUUUUUUAACCCCAAUGGAAGGUUCUUGAAAAAACCAUUUAGCGCUAUACAGGCCAAAAAAUCAACAACUUUCUUCUUUCGUCUUCUUUAGUCUCAAUCCCCUGAAAAAAAAAGCUGGUCGCUUUAUCAAACCUAAGAAACAAAUUCAGAGGUGAGACUUGAUACAGAUUAGACUGUCGGUCAUCCAUCAGUUGAGUUAAAAAUUGACAGUCUGCCCGGUCGACAUUUGCUAAUUUUGUCAUUUCAGUAUUAUUUAUGUUCCAUUUGCCUUUGCCUUUAUAGGUCAAAGAGACAGUUCAACAGGUAAGCUGCCAUCUGUAACCUUUAUCAUAAUGUAAAUUUGUUAUUUGCUUCAAAUACAUGGGGAAAAAAAAGAAAAAAAGAAAAGAAAAAGCAAAAACAAAAAUAAGCAAAUAGAGAAAAAAUGACAAAAAAUAAAAAACAAAAAAACAAAAAAAGCAAAAACAACAAAGCAGUCGAUUGAGACGAGACAUGAUUAUAUCAAUCGGCAGAAUGUAAAUAAAAUAAAUAAAUAAUGAUUUGGAGGUAGCACAUCCACAAAAUCCCCGUCUACCUGAUUCCUGGUGCAGUUCAAACGUUUUCACUGAGUUUACAUAGUCAUUUCAACUUGGUAGUUUCCGAGGUUAACAGCCUUAUUGCCCCUGUUACAUGUAGUUACUGACAGUUGACAGAUAUAUAAAAUUUUAUUACUUCCUAGGUUAUUCACGCGGUUUUCAUGGAUGUCAGUCUUAUCAUAAAGUCAAGAAGUGUUUUUCCUGCAGAUACUCAGGCUGGCACUUUUGUUUAUGUGUUCCUCGUUGUUACAAGAGAAAACGCUAAAAUGAAAUAUAGCGAUUGUGAGGUUAUUUUUGUACCAUUUUAUUCAGAUACUGACUGGCUGGGCAAAGUAGAUUUACAUUUUUUAUUUGUUACCGCGUUGUUUUCAAACAGAUUGUUUCACAAAUUGAUAGGAAAACGUUUCGUUGCGUUUAUUAGGGAGUUUAACCAAAUCGCUACGGCGACCUCUACUACGGCGGUCGUGGAUGCGGUGUCCUGGGGAGAGUACGUCUUGUAGCUCGCCAAAUUUCAAGCUCAAUUCUUGCUCACUUGCUUUCGCUAUAAUAUAUCAACAACAGAAUUCAAUGGUGGUCAAGUAAGAAAACGGCCAAAUUAAAAAUUUCGCUUGCCAAGAAGAACAUUGAUAGUAAACAUCAUCACAGGGCGAUUCGUACACAAAACAGAAAACUACAGAUGAAGAUCGGAGUAAGCUGCUAGUAGGCCUACUCUGGGACCUUAAGUCGCCUAAAGUCGCCCAAAGUCGCCUUAAGUCGCCUUAGGUCGCCUUAAGUCACUUUAAAUGAUUAAAAUCUUAAAGAGGUUCAAAUUGUCUCGUAGUUAUUACUUUUUUAGUUUUCUAUUUCCAGAAUGCAUGAUUUCUCAUAAAGUGUGUAAUAACCCAUGUUCAAUAAUAUUAGCCACAGACCCACCCCAUCUUCCUAACCCCCACAAAAAAACUCCAACAGUGACUUAAGACCAGCUGAUUUCUUCUCCAGCCCUCUAAUUUAUACAUUCUAUUACUUUAGGGAAUUUAAUACACAUAAUAAUUAGUUGUAAGCAAUACAAGAAUAAUCAUUCCUGUAUUGUUUACACAAGAAUGACAACAUAUGGGACACAACUUUAUCCAGUCACUUGUACAGGUAUUUUAUUAAUUUCAUCGGGGAGGUUUGUUUCAUAUUUCUGAGUAAAAGUGUUGUUAAAAAGGCAUUCAAAGGUUCAAGUUCUAGUGAAAUUAUAUUAAACAGCGUGCAAAGAGAGUAGACAGAGUAGUGUCCAGGUAAUAGCACUCAGGUACUGGAUUUUAUGAUUGGACUGGUAAACUGUGUUUUUAACUCGCCUGGCUGGCAAGUAAAGUUUUUUGGGGAAUUCAGAUUACAGAAGAACUGUAAUAAAUCCCAUUCAUAAAAAAAAUUGGGGGUAGUCAAAAUGGCUUUCAGGUUAAUGCAUGCUAGGUACAGCUUGCCGGAAUAGCAAGCUGUAAAGCUGACUUUCUUUGCACCCUGAACAAAAUAUAACUUAAAAAGUUUAAAGUCUCUUGUCUACUACUUUGAGAGAGUCCAACAUUGAAAAACAAUUAUUGCCGCCACAACAUUAAUCUAAACUUUCUGGUAAGUAGGGCAAACAAGUUAAUAAGCCUAAAGGUCUAUUGAAAAAAAUGUCCAUGUAAAUUACCGAACCAGAUUUUACGAGCAGCCAAUGAUAAGUUAUUUCUCCAGUACACAACCUCUGAUCUGUAUUUACCGUCGAAUUAUAUCCAUCUAUCAUUGACAGAAACACAAUCACUCUUAUAAACUUGAAAACUUAGCUUAGCUUGUACAGUCGUCUCGUUACAUCGAGGCUUUGUUUAUGUUGUCGUGAUUGCUCCCUGCCAAACGAUUUGAUGUAAUGGACCAUUAUUGAUGAAGAACGUAGAAAGGCGAAAUCAUACACCUUUUUCGCCCAAGUUCGGGCCGCCUGAAAGUAGUGUGUUUUGGUCACGUGACUAACUGGUCUGGAGGCGGGGAGAGGGCGGGACCCUGAAAAAAUCGAAAUUAGCUUGCGACUGUGGAAUUCGGGGAGAAACAAAAUGGCGGAUAGAAAUGCGCUCUUGUUGUUGUCAAUUGUACGUUGCGUUUUCGUUUAAAGAUCUCCUUUUAAAUGGAAAUUUGUGAGAUAAUAAUGGAAACGUUUACACUUGGUACUGCCAUUGGUUUAAACAUGACGCAUAAUGCUGCCGCGUGGAACAGAGCGAGGUUGGUUGAAGCUAAGUUUAGUUGUUUGAGCUGGUGCAUAAAUGGACUCAUAAAAUCAACCCGACUGGAAAGUUUCCAAAAAGACCAUUGGAAGAGAGUACAGUUCACUAGCGAAGCAAGUAUUUGGAAGUGUUUUGUUUGACUGAGACAGGAAAGGAGCAAUAUAUACAGCGAGAACUACCAACUUUAUAUUUUGAAUUCAAUUGGAAAAACAACCUCUUUGCCAAACGUGUGAGGACAAACAUUGGCAGAGCAACUGCCAAGACAUACAUUUAACACAUACAAUGGGCAUCGUCAUUUCCAUGAUGUGCAAUAUCGAUAAGUGAUUUUAGAUGUUUUAAAUUAAUUACUUAAAUGUUUGUUGUCAAAUUAUGAAAAAAAGGAACUUCAAUAUAAAAAACGAACCAGCUUACAGUAUUUUACAGAGAUGCAUUGAAAUACUGUACUUUUAGGGUUUUUUUUUGGAAAAAGAAAUGCAGGAACCAUUGAUUUUUUGUCCCCUAUAUUGUAAAAUAAUUCAUUUAAAGGCUAAGAGAAAAUUUACCCUUUUGGUUGCUUCUAACUCAGAUUUUGUCUCUGCUAAUGUAAUACAAAACCAACACCCUUAAUAUUAUUUGCCUGUGCCAUAUAUGGAACUAAACUCUGGGUUAAGUCCGUCUGAAAAACAGCGGCAAAAUCCUAGUUCUGGGCCCCCCGUGUGUGUAUCAGGAUUUGAGUACCUGCCAGGACUGGACUGUUAAAAGUGCUAUUGUCCAUUUGCCAAUCAUAUCGAAGGGAAACUCAAAAUGCCGGUAAUUCGUUGAGUACGUUGGGGCCCAGAACAAGGAUAUUAGUGCUGUAAGCCGAUCUUGCGAGCCCUCAGUCUCUUGGUUUGCGGUAUACAGAAUGUGUAAGGAAACUGUAACGCGAUCGUCAACGCGAUCAAAAUAACCCAUUAUUUCAGAUGUUUUCGACGGGUUUUGAUGUUCUAACGACAAACACAUCUCCCCUGGACCCUGUGUAUAAUAUCUAAAAAACCAAAACAAAAACAAAAAAGAAAAGUAAAUGGGUAACCAUAAACGUUUCUUAUUUUAUUUCCAUUUGAAUUUUUCCAGUUGCCUGUUUUUCUUUUCUUUUUUCUGUGAACAUCAUUGCAAUGAGGUGAAAAUGGAAUAGAAAAAAUAAUACCAACAUUAAAAAUUGCAAAUAAAGGAAAACAAAACAAACGCAUAUGUUUGCUUGCCUUCUCCUUUUUUGAGCUCCUAACUCUAAGUGAUCUUUCAUGGGCCAAAAGUCCAUGUCGUGUUAAAAGGUUCAUCGGUGAUUUCCAGCUUCUUCCAUGUUGAAUGGUCCGAACAUUUUAAAUGGCAUAAAUGAUUUGUUAUUGUGAUUUAUUAUCUGGUCAUUAACGUGUCUUACUCACGUUUUCUUCAACUUUUCUCCUUUUGUUUCACCCUUCCCUAACAGAAGAGCCGAUUCUCAGUCUAAUCUUGUGCCAUUUGAUAUAAUAAUAUAACCACACUUAAGCUAUUGUCAAUAUCAAGAAACUGCGGUUAGUUGAUUCCGAUAUUUAUUUUUUUAUUCUUUCAAUUGGUUAUUCGUUCUUUUUUUAUGCCAUUCUUACUUCCCCUUUCUUGAUAGAUCUUAAUCUGGUUUCAAAGAACAAGAACUAGUAAAACAUAAUUUUUAUCCAGUCGUACCUUUCUUGUAGUCGCUGGUAAAACAUUCUUCCUUCGUGGUUUCACCUACACUGAAUCCAAAACGAAGCGAGAUUGUUCGAGAAGCUAAUAAGGUAAGCGAUAAGCGGUGAUAAUUAUCAUGUUACUAUCCUUGGCAGUCUCCAAUAUUAAGCUAUAAUCUGAAAGACUUAAUUUAGAAUCAUAUGUUACUUUAUUUAAGAUCAGAUUUAAGGAAUGUUUGAUUCUUGCAUUGACUUAUUGGAAUGUGUCACCAGGGCAUACGUACAAUAUACCUUGUACUUUUGCAAAAGAAAAAAAAAAAGGUUCUAUCGCAUUAAUGAAGUUACUUUUCUAUGUGGUUGCUAUUUUAAAGGAAGUUUAAAGUCAAUUUAGGCGGUGAAUUUUACGUAAUUUGUUGAUCUGUAACCUAUAAUGAUUGUAGCUGAAACAUUAUACUCUUGGUCUGUCGUAAUAAGACGUUCUUUUCAAGUGUUACUUUAAUUACUCUCUGAGAUCGAAAACUGAAAAGCGAUAUAUUUGAAUUGACAAGAUAAUACAGAACCGAUAUUUUUUUUUUCAUUUAUUUCAAAAACAUUUUUCGUCACAGGGCAAAAGUUGAAACCAUUGCAACGUGGCAAGUAUAAUCAACCGAAAACGACUUUCCCAGAAUGCUUCUAAAGUACGAAAGCAAACCAAAAAAUCAUAAAAAAAACGGCCAAGAGGUGUGAAAAACGUGCUCAGCGAACACAGCAUCGCUUGAAUAUGCCCUCUCUUUACAAUAUCAGAAAAAAAAAAAAUGUAUGUCCGUCUAAGUUGAAAAACAUUCAAUAAGCGGCAUGUGGCAGAGGCUCGUAAAUUGUAUAGAAAGACGAAACAGCAAAUUGUACAUCUAUAAGGUUUCUUACACCUCACCGCAUUCAGGAAAGAAAAAAAGAAAACAAAAGAAAAAAGGAAAAGAAAGAGAAAAUGGGCAUUUAUCUCUGCAAAAAGCAGUAACGGAUACACCUGCUCUCUAUUUGUGAUGCUGAUCUUCUUUUAAUAUUCAAGUAUUAAAAGAUGCGUGUGACAAGGUAUGCCCUCAUAACGAUAUUGAUUUUAAUUAGUAGUAUCGCGUUUCAGCAUAAGUAUUUUAAUUGAAAGAUGAUAUCUCCUAGUUUCUAUUUUUCAAUCAAUGAAUAUGGUUUCUCUCUGUUUAUUUUCCUGACCUACUCCUUCUUAUUGACAGCUUGGUAUCCGUCCACGUUCUCCAAACUCCAUAAAACGGGACCGUGGAUUUCAAUUCUAUCAGAACUGCUACCCAUGGGGCUUUGGUCAUGGGUUCAAAACUUUUCCUUUUAGCAGUUUUAGUUUUUGCAGCUACCACCGAAAAUUGGGUAAAAUGUAAGUUAUUUGAUUUUUUAUUGAUUUAUAAUAUUUAAAUAACUAUUUGUUUUACUGCCAGUUUCAAUGUUACCACUGAAUGUUAUUAUUAAAAUCUUAAUCUGUCUUUCUACAGCUGAAUCUGUUUUUGAAAAAGGUGAGUAUUUUAGAAUGACCGUUAUAAUUAAAGAGAUGCACGAAAAGGCCAUUGAAUUUCCCCUGAAAAUGUAUUAUACUUUCUUCCUACCUCCCACGUAGACGUUUUUAGGGUACUUGCAUUCCCUCCCUUGUCACCAAGGGAGGAAAUACGAUUCCAGUAAAAAAACGCCAGCCUGGGAGAAUAACUUUAAUCUUACUUAUUUCAAAUAUUUCUUACUAUUCUGCCGGCUUGUUAAGUCAAGAAAAUCGCUAAUCGAUGGUAUCCAUUCAUUAUCGAAACAAGAUAAACUACUAUGUCGGAAAUCGAUAAAAAUCGUGCAUGAAAUGAUUUGUUGUAAUUGCUGACUAUCAAAUUUUCAAUUAUCGUUAUCGAUAGGUGACUAUCACAUAUAGACUUCGAGAGUGCUGCCUUUGAUUUCUACAAAUAAAGAGCAGCAAUUAAACCUUGCGCGGUAAACACAAUUUUACUAAAUACAUUUACUAAAGAGCAAGUAGUAAAAUCAAUUGAUUCAAUAAAUAUCAUUAUUAUUCAUUCAAAAUAUUUCCCCGAUUAUGAUUGGCUAAAAGCACACCCACAAUUCACCAUAACCAGCUACUGAUGACCAAAUCUGGAAGAAUUUUGCGAUUAAUGAAGGUUAAUGUACUGUUAACCGAGAAGACUUGAGUUGUUUUGGUUGUGAAAACAAAAAUGGCGGACAUUUCACUCGAUUCAAGAGUAAGAACUAGGCGAAAUAAUAGCUAAAAACAUGGCAAGAACAGCAGGAAGACAACGCCAAGGGCGACAUCUGCUACUUGGUCAAUAUUUGCGAAGCUGAACAACCCUGAACGGGCACUUUCGAAGAUGAAUUUAACAUCGAUGGAGGUAAGCAUGUUUUAGCUAAGAGUUGCUCGUCCUUGAAAUUUCCCACUACAGUUUUUUUUUUAAAUAUUUCACUGUUUGCGACUGAGAAAGGUUCAUAUGAACAAUGAGCUUGAAAUUGCUUAUAGUUCAAGGUUGCAAGGACCAAUGUGACAAAUUUUGGGAAAAACUAACAAAGAUAUGAAAAGGCUUUGGUUCAAAUACAUUUCGUUCUAUUUGAAAUGACGGAAGAUAUUUUUGUAUCACAUAGUAAAAGGCUAACCAGAUAAGUUUUUCAUGCCUAGGUAAUAAAAAGGGAAUGAUAGAAUCUGCAUCUCUAGUUUUAUUCGUUUGUUGUUGUUUUCGUGGCAAAAGAGGGAAUUAAUUGGUCGAAACGGAAAGCCUGGAUUUCCGACUGAAAAGUUUGAUUUUUAUGUACGGAAUCAUGGGCCUCUAAUCAUUAUCGUUAUUAGUGUUGUUCCACUUUCGAAGUUUAAUAAGAUUUGCAAAAAAAAAAAAAAAAAAAAAAAAAGGUGCAAUUGUUUUCAGUGAACUUCAGGGAGGACUGAUCCUGACUUUUAUUUACUUUUAUUUAUUGACUGGUCCCUUUUUUAUUUACCAUUUUCCAACUAAAAAGGAAAUUACCGCCUUUCGCUUACACUUUAUGCUCUCCGUUUCUUACCACAGGUGCAAGCGCUUACGGCGAAGCAGAUGAACAUGAUAACUCUUUUGACGAAGGAUUAGAAGAUGGUUUGUUAUUUAGAUGAUGAAGUUCGUAUAACUAACUUACACGCCUGCAUGCUCAGAAAAAUUUGACAGAAAUACAAUUACAUGCUCAAUAUUUCAAAAACUCUCUUAGCCAGCUUUAGAGCUCACCAACAGAAAAGCAAAACAAGUAUUCCAUUGACCUUCUGUUACGUUCAUCCUGAUUCUGUAGAAUCUGUAUUUAAAUUCUGUAUUUGCCAUUUACGAAAGGGAUAUUGUAACUAUUUUGCUCCAAUCUACGCUUGUACUUUUUCUUUCAGACGCGGACGUUUAUUAAGAAAAAGCUGGGAAUUCUUUAGACGACGAUGACGGAAGUGGUAAGAGUUAGUUAUAGUGAUGACGUUCAUGCUAUUAACUGUUAUGCUACGACAAAUUUUGCACGAGUGUAGGCCCGAGGUUUAUCGGCCAUGAUCACGAUGUAGGGAUGAAGUGUAAGGGUUUUUCAGGCAGAUUACUCUGACAAAGCAAUAUUGUCAAAUCGGUUGUGUUUGAUUGAACUGCACGCCAUUGUUCAUAUUCUAUUCGAUAUUGCUGGCCAAUAUUUAAGCUAUUUCUCAUGCCCUGAUUUUCUCUAAAAGGAAAUAAAACAACUGAUUAUUGGAACUGUAUGACAGGGUUAUCCCGAUAUAACAAGGUUAGGAAUUUGUUUCCCUUGAAUCGACGCUCGUCGUUUCGAAAUCUAUUAAUCAGUCUCAAAGUUAAUAAACAGAAAAAAAAAAAAAAACAAAAAAAAAAACAUGUCUUGGCGUCUUCGUCCUGAUCUUCGAUGUGACUUCUGUAUUUCAUUUUCUAAAGAUGUAUUACUCCUUCCCGACCCCCCCAUUUACCUUGAUUCCUUUUCAUUUUGUUACUUUCUUUUUAUUCCUUUCAUCUUUUUCCUCUCCAGAGGCAAACGAUUACGAUCAAGAAGAUGAAGCUGGGAAUCCCUUAACCGUAGGUGAAGGAAGUGGUAAGUUAAUCAGCGAUGGCGCUUGUGCAAUCAACUUACGCUUAGACAGAUUUAUACGCUUUCGCUGGUCAGUAGCUUAUCCGUGUCUGUGUUUCUUAAAACUAACCGUUCCUCGUCACGGAUUAUUUGAACUUUAUUCCGGAUCACAUCAUCCUGAUUUUCUCAAUGACUUCAAGGCUAUUCUUACUCAAUAAUUAAUUGAUACUAUUAAUAUUUUGGUCAGUCACAAUUUCCGGUUGCCUUUUUUCAUUGCAGGGUAUAGCGAUUCCAAUGACGCAGAUUUUACCCUUUACUACAUCCACUUUGAAAUCACUGGCUAUCCGUGCAAUCUCAUUGGCUCUCAGCAGUGUGAUUUAUUCAUAAAUCGCACCAUUUUUUUGCUCUAAAUCGCAUCUGUUCCAAAUCGCGUCAUUCAUGUUCUAAAUCGUAUCAUUUCUGUUUUAAAUCGCACCAUUUUUGUUCUAUAUCGCAUCAUUUUUGUUUCGAAUACAAAAUAAGAUGUAAAAGCUUUUUUGUUUCGGCUUUUUAACAAACCGGCUAUUCGAUCAAUAAAAUAUUAGUACUGACUAAAUUCUGCGAUUUCAAAAUGGAUGUAAUAAAGUGGUAAUUGAACUUCGUGUCGUGCAAUUUUGGUCUGAAAUCAUACUUGUGAUUUCAGACCAAAUUGCACUCCACUCAGUUCUGAUUACCAUUAUUAAUCGCUAAGUUACAUAUUACUACCGUGUCAUUUAGUGCUGAUAACGUAAUUUUCUGAUUAACGGCGAACCACAGAUUAGUGCAAAGGAGGGGAUAUCUUAGGCACAUUUAGCACAGUGCUAAAAUUCAAUCAACGGUGAAGCUCAGAGCCUUUGCUAGCAAUGGCGAUGAAAUUGCAUAAUUUAAUAAAUCGAACUGGAUAUUUAUCUAAAUUAAAAAAUCUGUAUGUACUAACUUCCAAACCCUCAUGCAAAUUUCAUUUCUCUUACGCUGUGAGCAAGAGGCCACUUAUAUAGAAAGAUCAAAUGACUUCUGCUCUCACAUUGCUCUUUUCUCGCCUCUCCCAGAAAAAAGGUUGCUUCCCCUUUGUUUGUUAUUUCUGUGUCGUUUUCCCUUCUCGCUCUUAUUCCUUUUCUUUUUUAGCCUUUUCUUCCUGGGGCCCCUUUCUUCUUUUUUUUUCUCUCUCUCUAUUUGGACAGAAAACAAUUGAAACAGUUUAACUUUUCUUCUUCCUCUUCUCCUUCUCCUUCUUCUUCUUUGUUUGCACACUAAACGACUGUGGGGUUGAUCUUAUCUAUCUUUCAUUUUCUUAAUAGAAGAACGAGAAGAUGAGUUACUUGAAAUAGGUGAGUCAGACGCAAUGAAAACGGACUUUUAGCUUGUAGAGGGUUUUGAUCCUUUUGGAUUGAUUUCAGUUUAACAGAACAACCAGCCCGUGAGAAAACGUAAAGGGAAAGAUAAUAUUGUGGGUUCAAAACUGUUUUUUUUUUUUUCCAUUGAAAUCUUAAACUUUAAUUGGGAAACAUCUAUUUAUGGGUUGGAUGAAAUGAAUGGUGCGCGAAUUGAAUGAGUGAUUUUCAGAUCUUUGUGCUGUGUCCUCAUGUGUAUAACAGUAAUUGGUCUCAGCUCUCAUAGUUAUUACAUCUCGACUCACUUUGGAUUCUUACAACUACUGUUUCAUGUAAACAAUUUCAAGGGCGAUGAAAAGAGUGCACCCCUAUAAAUUUUACUUAUCCCUCCCCCUGUGCAAUGAAUGGGCAACAAUUUUAUGUAUUCCCCAAGUAGGUAAUGCACGGAAAACAUGGAAACCAUGGAAACCAUGGAAACCUUGGAAACCACAGAAACCAUGGAAACCAUGGAAACCA